CUAGGAUCGCACGCGCACCUGCAGCAGCUGAUAAAAACAUUUCCUCUCAGGAGACGUUGUUUGACACUAAAGCCUCGCGGGCCGACAUGGACUUACGCCAGUUUAUCUUCUCGAUUUUUCUGGCAAGUCUGAGAAUUUCCCAAGGUCAACAUUCUGGAUGCAAUCGAGACCAGUGGCAGUGUGAUGAUGGAAUCUGUAUCCGUGAUAUCUGGCGAUGUGAUGGAGGUGGAGACUGUAUGGAUGGAUCUGAUGAAAUGGAUUGCACUGCACUCCCAGGAUCUCCUGAAUGUCCGCCGGGUCAGUUUCCUUGUGUUGACUCUGUCGGCUGCGUUGACGCGUCGGCCCGCUGUGACGGUCAAACCCAGUGUCCCACGGGCUCUGAUGAGGAGAAGUGUGCAGCUACAGAGGGCUGUUUGGACUCUGACUGGACCUGUCAAAACCACAUCUGUAUCCCCAAAGAGCUGCGCUGCAAUGGACUGAAUGACUGCCUGGACAACUCUGAUGAAGAAGGACUGUGGUCUAUGUGAUGUGGACGGCAUGCGGUGUCCUGAGGGGAAGUGUCUGAGUGCUGAAGAGAGGUGUGAUGGGAUCAUUCACUGCUCAGAUGGCAGUGAUGAGCCCAUAACCUGUGGUCGUAUUUGCUCUAUAAACAACGGUGGCUGCAGCCAUGUGUGUGUCGAUGAACCCUGGGGAGCUCUGUGUACGUGUCCCGCUGGAUAUAAGCUUUCUUCCAUUGGAACAGUCUGCGAAGAUUUGGAUGAAUGUGCCCCACCCUCUGCCCCCUGUAUGCAUCACUGCUUGAACACUGUUGGAUCUUACUAUUGCCACUGCAGAGAAGACUUCAAUAUGAAUGGAGACUCCUCGUGUCUAGCUAUAGGUGACGCUACCAGACUUCUAAUUGUGCAGCGGAGCUCCAUCGGGCUGUUGGAUGUGAAGUCUCAACAGUUUAAAGUUCUCCACACUCCGGUGCCUGACCUAGUGGCCUUGACUUUUGACGUUGCCCGAGGCUGGUACUUCUGGGCUGACAACCAUGGCAGCAUUUACAAAAGUGAUGGACAGGAAAGCAGGACAGUCUUUAAUGGUGAGCCUGGAAUCAAGGGCCUAGCUUGUGAUUGGCUGAAUGGAAACCUGUUCUGGACCAAUCAGAAGACCGAGUCGAUCUACAUGCAGGCAGCUGAUGGGAGAAGUUACACUACACUGCUGAGUAAACGCAAUAGUCCAUCAGAGUUGGUGCUUUUACCUGUGGAGAGCUUGAUGUUCUGGUUCAGUGCCGGCCACGGUGACAGAGUGACAAUAGAGAAGUCAUGGAUGGAUGGGUCAGAAAGAAGCACUCUGACUGUGCUCACUGCUCAGUCUGCCCACAGCCUCACUGCUGACGUCGCUGCCAGGAGGCUGUACUGGAUCAGCGACUUCAAGAAGUCUAUAGAGAUGGUGAAGGUGGACGGGACUGGCCGCUACUCCUUCACAGGACUGUUCAACAGGAGACUGGCUCUCGGUCUCGCUGUGUUUGAAAGUUUGUUCUACUGGGUGGAUGACAAAGGAUUGUGGCAGGUUCCACAGAACAAACCAAACCAGAAGCAAUUUAUCUGGAAAGCCGCACUGCCGAUUUUUGCUGUUUACCAUGCGCUACAACAGCCUCAAGGUUCUUCUGCAUGUGUAAAGACUCCAUGUCAGCUCUGCCUGCUAACUAAAGGCAACCCUGUAGGAUUCACCUGCGCUUGUCCAAACUCCAAAGCACUGUUGCCUGAUGGGACAUGUGAAUAUCCAAGGUUUGUAUAUGCUACCAUCGCCAACAUCAACCUGCUGGAGUUUAGAGGCAAAGAUUACACUGAAGUCCAGUUGUUCACCACUGACGACAGCAUCCUGUCAUUUGAUCUGGACUGGUACAGAGACUUGCUUUACUGGGCUAACCAAACUGGCCAUAUCCAAUGCACCAGUCUAACCCAGGUCAAGACUGAGUUGGUCCCAACACCUUUGCCAGUUUGUCUGAUAAAAGUAGACCAGAGGAGAGGGGAUCUUUAUUGGGUGUCAUGUGACCAAAACAGCAUCGGCACAACAGACAGUCGAUACCCACAGCAGCUGUACCACACGGCAAAGGAGAUUCAAGACCUGUAUCUGGACUGGCUGAGGGGUGUUAUCAUCUGGCAGGAGGAAGACAGAGUCCUCACCAUGAGCAUGAUGGGAGGCAAAGCCAAAGAGCUGCUGCACUUAGCAGAAGGAGUCACGGGGAACAUCGCCUUCGACAUUGCAGCUAAUAGUCUGCUCUGGAACUCAAAAAGUUCAGGUUUGACUGCGAUGAGUUUGCUGCAGGACAAAAGCCACCGAGCUGGCAGAAGAUGGAACAUUUCAGGCUCAAUCAUAGCUGCCUUUGAGCCCUUCCUGUUGUCCCACUCGGAUGAUGUCAUGACUCUGUGGGACCGGCGUGAUGGGAGCCCCAUCCAGGACAUGACUGUCAGAGGUCGUGUGUUCAGUGUAAUUGUUGCACUCAAGGACGUCGGUACAGUCCCCGAUACUCCAGUCUGCACUGAACCCUCUGUGCUGUGCAGACACACAUCAGUCUGCCUCUCACAAGACCAGCUGUGUGAUGGGAAAAAGGACUGCCCUGAUGGAGACGACGAGGAUUUUUGUGAAACUAAAUGUCCAUCUAAAGAGGAUUUCAAGUGCAAGGACCGUCUGAGUUGCAUCUCCAGGAACCUUGUUUGUGAUGGUCGUUCUCAUUGUGGCGAUGGCUCGGAUGAGCUCAACUGUCGGAGUGAAACUCUUCCUGCAGCUCGAGCAAAUGUCCUGAGGUGUCGCCUCGGCUCCAAACUGUGUCGGGAUGAGACAGAAUGUGUUCUCUUCAGUCACGUUUGUGAUGGAGAGAGAGACUGCCCCGACGGAUCUGAUGAAGAAGGAUGUGAUGCUGCAGACUCUGCCACUACCAUUCUUGCAGAAGAUGUCAACUCAAAUGAUUCUCCUUUGCCCGUCGAGACAUCUACUGAGCCUCCCACUAAGCCAUCCUGCAACAGCCCUUCAGUUCUGUGUCCAGACUCUUCUUUAUGCAUCAACCCAACACAGUUUUGUGAUGGAAGGAAAGACUGUCCUGAUGGAUCUGAUGAGGACUGUGUGAAAAGAUGCCCAUACAAGACUGACUUUCGCUGCAAAGACCAACGAAGCUGCGUCUCCAAGAGUCUGGUUUGUGACGGCCGCUCUCACUGCUGGGAUGGCUCGGAUGAGCUCAACUGUCGGAGUGAAACUCUUCCUGCAGCUCGAGCAAACGUCCUGAGGUGUCGCCUCGGCUCCAAACUGUGUCGAGAUGAGACAGAAUGUGUUCUCUUCAGUCACGUUUGUGAUGGAGAGAGAGACUGCCCCGACGGAUCUGAUGAAGAAGGAUGUGAUGCUGCAGAGAUUGUCCCUACCACUGCUACAGAAAAUGUCCGCUUAAAUGAAUCUCCUUUACCUAUCACACCAAUUACUGAGCCUCCCACUAAGCCAUCCUGCAACAGCCCUUCAGUUCUGUGUCCAGACUCUUCUUUAUGCAUCAACCCAACACAGUUUUGUGAUGGAAGGAAAGACUGUCCUGAUGGAUCUGAUGAGGACUGUGUGAAAAGAUGCCCAUACAAGACUGACUUUCGCUGCAAAGACCGACGAAGCUGCGUCUCCAAGAAUCUGGUUUGUGACGGCCGCUCUCACUGCUGGGAUGGCUCGGAUGAGCUCAACUGUCGGAGUGAAACUCUUCCUGCAGCUCGAGCAAAUGUCCUGAGGUGUCGCCUCGGCUCCAAACUGUGUCGAGAUGAGACAGAAUGUGUUCUCUUCAGUCACGUUUGUGAUGGAGAGAGAGACUGCCCCGACGGAUCUGAUGAAGAAGGAUGUGAAGAUGUCAACUCAAAUGAAUUCUCCUUUGCCCGUCGAGACAUCUACUGA